AUGCACUUGUUCAAAAGCGUUUUCGCUACCCUCAUAGUAGAGCUUUUCACUCUACAACGUCUCGGGUCCACCCUAAGCGAUGAUGCUCCUUGGAGAGACGGCCUCAAAGUUUCCCACCAAGUCGACGGUUUAAUCUGCCAGCUCGAAUCCACUGAUUACGUACUUGCGGUCAACCUUAAUACGGCUGAGAUUCUCGUUGAAAUCCCAGACGAACGCCCUAUAAAGACUGAGAUCGCCUUUCCUGACGACUCUCCAACUGAUGGUGAUGAAGAACGCUGCAUUGACGCGAUUAAUAACCUCGAGGGCGACAUUGAAGACUCAGACACCAUUCAAACGGUCGUUCAGACUACUUAUGCUGGUCUUACCACCACAGACCUCCAAUAG